AUGCGACGACUCGUCGACCAGACUAUCAAACAUUUCGGUAAACUUGAUAUUCUCGUCAAUAACGCCGGCGCCGGAACUUUGGCCCCAUUUGUGGACAAAGACUAUUACGAAAAGUUUGAGUCAAUAAUGAAUAUUGAUCUCAAUUCUGUGGUCUAUUUAACGCAUAUAUGUGUCGAGCAUUUGGAGAAAACAAAGGGAAAUAUAAUUAACAUCUCGAGUAUCGCCGGAAUGAGAGCCUUUGCAGGCUUUGGUCCGUAUUGUAUAGCAAAGAGCGGUCUGGAUAUGUUCACUAAAUGUAUGGCCGCCGAGUUGGGACCUAAACGCAUACGGGUUAACGUAAUCAAUCCGGGUCCGGUUCGCACCAGUUUUCUUACCGCAAUGGGCGCACCCCAGGACGCAGCUGACAAACUAUACGAGUCAUUCGCUAAAUUGCCUGUCGGUCGCUCCGGACUGUCCGAUGAUGUGGCCGAUAGUAUACUAUACCUGGCCAGUGACCAUGCUGCUUUUAUCACCGGCAGUAAUCUCGUUACUGAUGGAGGUUCCAUUGCCUCAAACCAGCUUAAUUUUGACCUCUAG